GACUUUCGGUUUUAUUUACCUUUGUUAGAUUUUUAUAUCAUUUGAAGAAAAAAGUAAAAAAUAAGGCACAUGUUGAAGCCUCUAUUGUUAAUGCAUACAUUGUGGAGGAAGUAACAACUUUUGCAUCGUAUUAUUUUGAGCCUCACAUUCAGACCAAAAGACGGAGACCUGGAAGAAAUGAUGAAGGUCCUAUUGAUCCCAAUACGAACAUAUUCUCAAUUUUUAAUUAUCUUGGUCGACCGAGUGGACAAUGUAAGCAAAGAUAUUUAACUGAUCAAGAAUGGCGAGCAGCCCAGACAUAUGUUUUACUUAAUUGUCCAGAAGUAUCACCAUAUUUCGAGAUUUUUCAAAACUUGUAUUCUGAUAUGCCAACACUAGAGUUUGAUCGUUUCUGCGAUCAAGAAUUUGCACCUUGGUUCAAAUCAUAUGUUUAUGAUAAUCAAGCUCAUCUCGAACAUCAAAUGUUAUUUCAUCUAUCUUGGGGUCCAAAAGCAAUGGUACGCACUUGGCCAGCAUAUUUUAUAAAUGGAUAUAAUUUUCAUACUCAAGAAUAUGGAAAAGGGAAGACUACAAUGAAUAGUGGGGUAUGUGUUCAGUCAUCCAAUGAUGGAGGUGUAAGCACUGAUUUUUAUGGUCUACUGGAUGAAAUUAUAGAGAUAGAAUACCCUGGUCCAGAAAUGCGAGUUAUCUUAUUUAUGUGUCGCUGGUUUGAUCCUAUCAGAGGGAUGAAGGUGCAUCCAUGUUAUAAUUUGGUUGAAAUAAAUCAUAAAAGAUUAUAUAAGAGAUAUGAACCUUUUGUUUUGGCACAACAAGCGAUUCAAGUGUUUUAUGCUUCAUACCCUAGCUUGAAACGUGAUAAAAUGGAUUGGUGGGCUGUUUGUAAAACUAAAGCACGGAAAAAAAUAGAGGAACAUUGGGAAGACAUUGCAUAUCAACAAGAGGAGGUUGUAAAUACAUUUCAGACCGAGGAAUAUAUUAUUCCAACAUUACGAGAUCCUAGCGGAGUAGUGAUAAAUGUGGAUGCCAGUGAAUUUCAUGAGGUUGAUGAUAAUGAUGAAGAUGAUGAUAAUGAUGAGGAGGAGGAGGAGGAGGAGGAGGAGGAGGAAGAGGACGAGGACGAGGACGAGGAGGACGACGACAACUUUGAUUUUUAACAUGUCAUUAGAGGUGAGACAUUAUCACUGCAGAUUCUCGCUCUCUGACUUUUAUAUUAUGGAUAUUUUUCGACGGGCACGCCAUAGACGACACCAUUCAAGCAUUG